GCGUUCUAUGUUGGUUGCAGUAUAAAAUUCACAUAAAUACUUUGGUACGUAUAUGUACAUGUAUGUAUCACGGUGGCUACGUGCAUUUAUGUUUGAGUUUAUGUUUUUUUUUAUCCGUUGUGGAAUGUACAGUACCCGUGGGACCUUGGAAGUAUCUAAUCGGAUAAUCACCAUCUCAACCACCGAAUUACGUAGCAUCCACUUGGAUCUCGCCAAACUAUCUGCCACUUAGCUACUACCUAACUAUCACUUAACUGUCACUUAAAUACCAUCUGAUAGGUUUACAGAUCUGUUCCUAAUACGGUUGGAUCAGUUGAACCAGCACCCAAUCCGCUUAAACUUCAUUCACGCGUGAAGCGGAGAACAAAUCAUCACCGCUCCCUUAAUUGCUACUCAGCGGUUAGCAUCCUCUACCAAGACUCAGCCGAUUUUUCGCUUCACGGCGCGUAUUACUAUUUAACCAGCUUCGCGAAUUACCUCAGUUAUUUAAGGACGAAUGGCAUCGUAGAGGAGGAGCUUCAUAGUGCUGGGAUUCUUUGACCAGUAUGGCAACAGUACGUGUUUGUGUUUGCGGAGAUGAAGGUACUGGCAAGUCAAGCCUCAUCGCAUCCCUUGUUAAAGAUGUAUUCGUGAGCCAUAAGAUUCAACCUGUCCUACCGCAAAUUACGAUACCGCCGAGCAUUGGUACUCCCGAAAAUGUUACCACUACCAUCGUCGAUACGUCGGCGCGACCACAAGACCGAACUACCUUACGAAAAGAGAUCCGAAAGUCCAACGUCAUCCUCCUAGUCUAUUCCGACCAUUACAGCUAUGAACGGGUUGCUCUCUUUUGGAUGCCCUACUUCCGUUCCCUUGGUGUAAACGUACCUGUCGUUUUAUGUGCCAACAAGUCCGACCUGACCGACUGCACCACCCCGCAAGUUGUUGAAGAUGAGAUGUUACCUGUUAUGAACGAGUUUAGGGAAAUCGAUUCCUGCAUACGAGCGAGCGCCCGGGAACAUCAUAAUGUUAAUGAGACUUUCUUCCUCUGCCAAAAAGCUGUUACGCAUCCCAUUGCUCCGCUUUUCGAUUAUAAGGAAGGGAACCUCAAGCCAGCUUGUGUAUCGGCUCUGAAGCGGAUAUUCUACCUGUGUGAUAAGGAUCAAGACGGGUACUUGAACGAUGGCGAAAUCCAAGAAUUCCAGGCCAAAUGCUUUGAUAAGCCUUUACCACCCGGAGAUCUAGAGAAUAUCAAAUUAUUGAUCGCAAAGUCCGUUCCUGGCUCCGAUACUACGAAGGGUGUUGAUAUGCGGGGCUUCUUACAACUGAAUAAGAUAUACGCCGAGAAGGGUCGACAUGAGACUAUUUGGAUUAUAUUGCGGAAAUACCAUUAUACUGAUAGCUUAAGCUUGGAAGACAGUCUUAUCCGUCCCAAGUUUGAAGUACCCGAAUAUGCCUCCGCCGAGUUGAGUCCAGCCGGGUAUCGGUUCUUCAUGGACCUAUUCUUGUUAUUCGAUAAGGACAAUGAUGGGGGUUUGAAUAAUCAAGAGCUUGCUGCUUUAUUUGCUCCGACUCCGGGUCUACCUACAUCUUGGGUAGAAUCCUCGUUUCCAUCCACGACCGUUCGCAACGAAGCCGGAUAUAUAACGUUACAAGGAUGGCUUGCUCAGUGGAGUAUGACCACAUUCUUAGAACCUAAAACGACUCUAGAGUAUCUGGCAUAUCUGGGCUUUGAGCCUUCCAAUUCUAGAGAAUCGCUUACGUCGGCUUUGAAAAUAACGAAACCUCGGAAGCGAAGAAGACGUCCUGGUCGAGUUGAACGCAACGUUGUGCUGUGUUAUAUCGUUGGUGCUGCUGCUGCUGGAAAAUCCUCUCUCCUAGACGCAUUCCUUAACCGGCCGUUUGACGGCUUGUAUCAUCCAACAAUAAAACCCAGAAGGGCUGUCAACAGUGUGGAACUUCAAGGUGGCAAACAAUGCUACCUGAUUCUCGAAGAGCUUGGGGAGCUUGAGCCGGCUAUACUAGACAAUCAAGCUAGGCUAGAUCCGUGCGACCUAAUAUGCUACGCCUACGAUUCUUCAGACCCAGAUUCGUUCUCUCACAUAGUCGACCUACGGAAGAAGCACCCACAAUUAGACGAUCUACCUUCGAUCUAUACAGCUUUGAAGGCGGACAAGGACAAAACAACUCAAAGAAGCGAGUUGCAACCCGACCAAUACACGUCAAGCCUGAUGAUGAGCACGCCAGUUCAUGUCAGUGUUACAUGGAAUAGUAUUGGUGAACUCUUCGUGGCUUUAGCUGAAGCGGCCACAAAUCCUAGUACGGCAUUCCCUAAAAACGAGGAGCCACCGCCUGAUCGGACGAGUCUAUACCUCGCCUUAGGCGCAACAACUUGUGCAGCCGUAGCAGCAUUCAUGAUCUGGAGAAGAUCAACCAAUUCUUUUUAAACACAUUUUCUAAACAUUUUUCUUCUUCAAAUCCGCACCCACUCCCUCUUCUCCUAGUGACCUUUAAUCCCUCCCAUAUCGUUUUGAUAUCAAGCAUUUUCCAGGCGUUACGUACGACUUGGAGAGGAUAUCAACAAGCAACAGCAGUGAAAUGCGUAGUUAGCAUCCAUCAGUUCAUUUUGUUAUGAUAACCCCCACUCCAUCGGUUUUUUGUCUUUUUUUUGUUUUUGUUUUUUUUUUUUUUUGGUUGCAUGAUACCCCCAUCUCUACUACUGUCGUUGAGCAAAUUCAUUCGUAUUGGAGAGAUACAGAUAUACAUAUACCGACUUAAGUAGUCUACUUAGUACUUAAUGAAUUUAAUCAUUAGAAAGUCUCCU